UACAUCGUAUAGCGCCCCUCGCCUUACUUCCAGUCGCAUGCUGGCCGGUGACACAGUGCCGCGAAAAAAUAAACCGCGCAAAAAAACGAAAUUCCAAAUUUGAAAUACGUUUAAAAAGUUAACCGUAUUUUUAAGUUAUGAGAAAAUUGUGAAAAAGCGAAUAUGAAUCUACACAUGCAGCGAGGGAAGUUCGCCGCAGUGCUGUUGUUUCAGAUAGCGCUGGCGAUCGCGUUUUGUUUCUUGUCUACGGAACAGAAACGGGAGCCGCACGGGGAACAUGGCUCAAAUAACUCGACUGAGUCGGGGGCGAGCGUCAACCAAGAUGAAGACAACACUCAGUUUGCUGAUCAUGCCUACCUAGACGUGCACACCAUGGUGUUUGUCGGCUUCGCCUUCCUCAUGACAUUCCUCAAGAAGUACUCCUUCACGGCGGCGGGAGGCACGCUGGUGUUUGCUGCUCUCAUCAUGCAGUGGGCACUGUUCUGCCAGCAGAUCAUGUUCGGGUUCAAGGGAGGAGUGUUUCCCGUGACGGUGGAGGGGCUUUUGGAGGCGGACGUGAUGACGGCGGCGGUGCUCAUCUCAUUCGGGGCCAUCCUCGGAGCAGCCACCAUCGAACAGGUAUUCUUCAUCGGCAUCGUGGAGACGGCGGUCGGCUGCGCCAACCUGUAUCUGUUCACCAACGUUUUGCAGGCCAACGACGUGGGCGGGUCGAUCUCGAUCCACACGUUCGGCGCGUACUUCGGGCUGGCAUGCAGCGCGGGGCUGCGGCUGCAGAAGCUCCACAAGCCGAGCCCUAACGUGGAGCCGCUGAAUGGGUCGUCGUAUAGCAGCGACACUUUUGCUAUGAUCGGCACGCUAUUCCUGUGGGUGUACUGGCCGGCCUUCAACGGAGCGCUGGCCCCGAACCGCGACGCCUUCGAGCGAGGAAUCAUCAACACCUACCUGUCCAUUGCUGCUUCUGCAGUGACAGCAUUCUGCGUGUCCUCGCUCCUGCACAAAGAGGACAAGCUCGAGAUGGUGCACAUUCAGAACGCGACUCUGGCGGGCGGCGUGGGCAUCGGCACUAUCGCGACGCUGGUGAGCGCGCCGGCCGUGGCGAUAGCGGUGGGCGUCGGCUGCGGGGCGGUUAGCGUGCUGGGGUACGAGCAUAUUACGCCAAAACUAUCCAAGCUCGGCGUCCUCGACACAUGCGGCGUGAACAACCUGCACGGUCUCCCGGGUCUCACAUCCGGGGUCCUCUCCAUCAUCCUGUUCGCCGCCACCCGCGACGGGGCGUCACUAGCUCGCCUGGCGGGGCAGGAGGUGGGGGGGCAGGCGUUGAGGCAGCUGUUUGGGUUGCUGGCCACGCUCGGUGUGGCGGUUGUGUCGGGGGCGGUUACUGGUUUCGUUGCGAAAAAACUCUUUAAGCCGCUGAAACCUGAAGAGGCGUACUCUGAUGAAAAGAACUGGGUGUUGCCUGAAUAUUGAAGAUAAAUACUCAAAGAACUCGAAAAUCUCUAGUUUAACGUUCAUGUAAGAGCCAGAAAAUAUGAAUAAUUAUAAGUUUUAAGUAUUAUGUAUAAGUCUUAGUGUGCUUGGAUAAAACUAAAGGUCAGAUACAUUAUUUUAUAAAUGUGAUACUAUUUUAAAAUCACUAUGAUUCAACUUUAGAUUCUGAAAAUUAAAAUAGUUCUGCUUUUCUACGGAAGUUUAUGUAGAAGAAAUAAAGAGUAUGAAAUGCUGCCUAGGUAUGUAUGACUGAAAUUGUAUAAGUAUUACUUUCUUUUGUGAAUUUUAAUUUAACAAUAAGUUUAUUUAAUAAAAUGUCGACAAGUAAUAAUAACCUCUUUUAAUUCAAACUAUGAUUUCGCAAUUCAAUAAUUAUUUGGAAUGAAAACCUUUCCACAAAAAGUUUAAAUCUCUCUCCUAUAUACCUAGGUAGGUACUUAAUAAUAUUAUAAAUGCGAAAGUUUGUGAGUAUGUGUGUAUGUAUGUUUGUUACUUCUUCUCGUCAAAACGGCUGAAUCGAAUUUAACGAAAUUUGAUAUGGAGUUAUCUGAAACCCUAGAUUAAAACAUAGACUACUUUUUAUCGCAGUAUUCCCACGGGAAAACUUUUGAGGCAAAGUGAAGCUCGCCGGAACAGCUAGUAAUAAUACCUAUAAAAAAUAAAGGACUAAACUUAAUAUUAAAAAGUGAUUCGUCUUUAAUAUUCGUCACCUUGUGUCUUACAGUCUUACAAUAAAAGCAAUUUGAUGGGAUUUCGCAAAUAAACAAUAUACGCCUACGACUGUUCGUUUCACGUU